CUUUCUGUCUUGCUCUCUGUGACAUUUGAGCGGCUUUCGGCGGUGGUGGUUUUUCAGUGGAAAAUUGCGUACAUGACAAAGCCUUAAAAUGGAAGUUCCCUCUGAAAUUAAAGCUGAAGCUAAUUCUUUAGUGCAUCAAUUCCUCCUAAAUGUAGAUAAAGGAUUGGCACAAAACUUUGCCAAGCUGACAAAAGCGAAACCACGUGCCAAAACUCUGCCUACACUCACCGAUUUAAUUGCAGAGAAUAAAAAACAGAAACCUUCCAAAAAGGCUGCAGAAAGUUCUGACGAUUCCAGUGAUGAAGACGAGCCUCCAAAGAAAGUCCCACAGAUCAAUGGCAAAGCGCCUGCUGCAAACAAGAAACAACAGUCAUCAGAUUCUGAUAGCUCAGAAGAUGAAAAACCAGCCCCAGCAAAGCCUAAGCCAGCUGUAACACCAGCCAAAAAAGCAGCAGAUUCAUCAGACAGUGACAGUAGUGACGAUAAUGCCACGUCAAAACCCAGUAAGCCACCAGUGAAACCUCAAUUAAACAAUACACCAGCCAAAGCUGCUGCUAAGACUCCUGCCAAGAAACCAGAAUCAUCCGAUAGUGACAGCAGUGAUGAAGACACACCAGCACAAAAGAAGCCAGCACCCAAAACACCUGUUGCUGCCAAAGCUCCAGUAAAGAAGCAGGAUUCAUCUGACAGUAGCAGUGAAGAUGAAAAACCUAAGGCACAAGCAAAGACACCCGCCAAGACACCUGCUAAAACACCUGUAGCCAAAGCCCCAGCUAAAAAGCAAGAUUCAUCAUCUGAUAGUAGUGACAGUGAAGAUGAAAAACCCAAGCCACAAGCAAAAACACCUGCUAAAACUCCUGUAGCUAAGGCCCCAGCUAAAAAACAGGAGUCAUCUGAUGACAGUGACAGCAGUGAAGAUGAAAAACCGAAGCCUCAAGCCAAGACACCUGCAAAAACACCUGUAGCUAAGGCUCCACCUAAGAAACAGGAAUCAUCUGAUGACAGCGAUAGCAGUGAUGAUGACAAACCUGCUCCAAAACCUGCCGCCAAACCACAGGCUACACCAGCCAAAACUCCAUCCAAGGCUCCAGUUAAAAAGCAAGAAUCAUCAGACGACAGUGACAGCAGUGAUGAUGAUAAGCCUAAAAAACCAGUACAAAAACCUCAGCCUGCUAAGCCUGCAGCUAAAGCACCUGCAAAGAAGGACUCAUCUGAUGAUAGUGAUGACAGCAGUGAAGACGAAAAGCCUAAACCUGCUCAGAAGACCCCCGCAAAGGCACAACCUGCGGCUAAGCCAGUUGCUAAAAAAGCGUCUUCUUCUGAAGACAGUGAAGAGGACAGUGAAGAUGAGAAACCUAAAAAACCAAUUCAAAAGCCCCAACCGACCCCAGCUAAGUUAGCUAAUAAACCACCAGUCAAGAAGGACUCUUCUGAUGAUAGUGAUGAUAGCAGUGAGGAUGAAAAGCCUAAGCCUGCCCAAAAGACUCCUGCUAAGCCUGCUGCUAAACCAGCUGCAAAGAAAGAUUCUUCUUCAGAUGAUGACAGCAGUGAGGAUGAAAAACCGAAGCAAGCUGUGAAGUCUACCCCAGCUAAAGCUGCACCAGCUAAAAAAGCAGAUUCUUCUGAUGAUGACAGCAGCGAUGAUGAGCCUAAACCAGCUCCUGCUAAGAAACCAGCUGCUAAGAAAGAAUCUUCAGAUGAUAGCGAUGACAGUGAUGAUGAACCUCCUGCAAAAGUAUCUAAAAAAAAUGAUGAUAAUCAAACAAAUGGUUUCCAAUCUGGGAGGAAGAGGAAAGCAUCCAAUGAAGAUUUGGGACCAGCUAAAAAGCCAUACAGCAAUUUUGUAAAGGGGACCAACGUCGUCUCUACACCGAAUACUAAAGAAAAUGAAGCCGAUAAUAAGCCAUCUCCAUUCCGACGUGUAGUUACUGAAAAAGUUGAAGUGGACCCUAGACUUAAGGAUAAUUCCUUUGAAGCUAAGUUUGGAGCCCGCGGUUCAUGGGGAGAGCGUGCGAACCUCGACUUGAAACAUACGCGAGGCAAGUCAUUCAAACAUGAAAAAACGAAGAAAAAGCGGGGCUCCUACCGCGGGGGUGCCAUUGACACUGGCGUCCAUUCCAUUAAGUUUGAGGACUAAUCCAAUAGUAUCACUAUCUUCUAUAUUUUUUUAUCUAUAUUUUGACUCCUGUUUCAAUAACAGUUUACAUACCGUAUUGCUGCUGCAUUUACUAUGACUUAAUCGUAAGUUUUGAGACGAUAAAUUUCCGUCUCAAUUUCAGCUAGUUAUAAUUUUGUAGUUAUUUUAAUUGGUUUCUUAGGUAUUUAUUUACCUAAACACUUUACUUUGCCUUUUGGUAAAUAUUUGUCGAGCUUUCGCAUUUGAUAGCUCGAAACUUAAAUAUUAUAAGAGUUUAUUAAUGUAACUAAUGACUUAUUCAAUGUGAAAUGUUUCUUUCAUUAUUAUAAAAUAUGCAUCUUGAAAAUGAUGAAAAUAUACAACUUACAAACCUAAAUGCACAGUCUUGAUUAAAGUCUAGAUAAAAUAUUAUGUUAGUUUCAGCUGGAUAAUUCCAUGCUUAGGGUGACGAAAAUUUAAGUUUUAUUUUUUUAUCUGCUAUCUUGCGUAUAUGAAUGAGAGACAUGACUACGUGUCCAAUAGAGUAAUACAUUUACGCUCGACUAAUUAAGAUUAAAAUAUAUCUGUGUAUUAAUUUUAAUUACUAUGUAAAUAUUUGAUAUUGAGUAAGUGUUGAUUUUAUAUUUGUACAUAAGUAAUUUAGGAAUACGAAAUUUGAAUAAGGAUGAGUUUUAGUAUAAUAAGCCCGCCUUUAAUUAAAAAAAAAAUCUGCA